AUGCUCGGCUCGACUCUCGCUGCGCUCGCCAGUGCAGCUGCGCUCGUCGCGCCCGCACAGGCCUUCUUCCGCAUGCCCCUGGACAACCUCCUCGUCGUCGAGCGCGUCGACCCGAUCGUCAUGCCGCACACGGUGUCGGCGCACGUGCACUCGGUCGCCGGCGGCAGCAACUUCUCGCCCGAUGCGACGUACGAGAGCCUGCGGGCGAGUCAGUGUACGAGCGCGCACGCCAAGGAGGACAUGUCAGCCUACUGGCAUCCUUCGCUCUAUGUGCACUGGGCGAACGACACAUUUACUCGAGUGCGCGAGCUCGACGGCGGCUUGGCAUACUACCUGUUCCGCUUCAACGAGGCCGACAAGACCAACGUGACGGCGUUCCCGCCCGGGUUCCGCAUGCUCGCCGGCGACCCGUUCGCGCGCUCGUACAACCUCGCGGGCAGUGCCGAGGACACGAUCGGGUGGAACUGCCUCGGUGCGCCGGAGCCGACACGAGUCGAGGGGAGCGGCCUGCCCGUCGACCGGUACUGCAGCGACAACUUGAGGGGCGAGGUGCGGUUCCCGUCAUGCUGGGACGGCGUCAACCUGUACAACCCGGACGGCUCGCACAUGGCGUACUCGGACGGCGAGAUUGGGCCCUGCCCCGACUCGCACCCGGUCCGCCUCGUCACGCUCUUCAUGGAGAUCUCGUUCGCCGUUCAAGAUGUCGAACCUUACCGCAACGAGACGAUGAACCCGAGUCAGCCGUUCGUGCUCGCGAUGGGCGACCCUUACGGCUUCGGCUGGCACGCCGACUUCUUCAACGGCUGGCCGCAAGACCUGCUUCAGCAGGCGAUCGAGGUGUGCACGGACCCGGGCGGCGAAAUCGAGGACUGUCCGGUCCUCGAGCUGUACAACCGCGACCGGGCCCAGGUCGAGUACCCCGAGUUCUGCCACAAGACGCCCGACUACAACGAGGUCGUCGAGGGCAACCUCAAGGCGCUCCCCGGCUGCAACCCGAUCACGUGGACCCGCGAGGACGCCCUCUCGACCUCGUGCACCGACGUCCCGUACCCUGAGCGCUUCACGCCGACCGUUUACCCUGGCGACAUCCCGCCGCUCGGCGCCGAGGUCGUCGACGGCACGCCCGAGACGGUCGUGUCGUACCAGGACUGGACGUACCUCGGCUGUUUUGCCGACAACCAGACGGCGCGCGCGUUCCCGCACUCGAUCCUCAACGUCGAGAGCGUCGACGCGUGCCUCGACGCAGCGGCCGACGCGGGCUACGGCUGGGCCGGCCUCGAGUACUACGGUCAAUGCUGGGUCGGGCCGCUCUAUCCUGCGACGGCAAAGCUCGACAUCGGGUGGUGCUCGAGCGUGUGCAACGGCAACUCGACGCAGUACUGCGGCGGCGGUCCGAGCGUCUCGGCAUUCUCGCUGUACCAGCUCAAGCGGCCGUCGACGAAUACGACCCGGAUUGAGAAGCGGCAUCUCCCGCAGGGUCACGCGCGCCUCUCAUAGACCUCCUCUACGUCUUCCAGCCUUGAGCUUCGCCUUCUAGUCCCCCUUUCCCUUCGACCUUCCUUGUCCAUCUUUGCCGUAGACUUUUCGCGCCCUCGUAACGUCGCUCGCUUUCCUCU